AUUCUCCAGGGCAGCUCUGUGGAUCGGGACCACCUCCUUCAUGAUUCUGGUUCUUCCUGUCGUCUUUGAAACUGAAAAACUGCAGAUGGAGCAACAGCAGCAGCUGAAGCAGCAGCAGGUCCUCCUUGGACCCAACACAGGGCUCUCGGGGGGAAUGCCAGGGGCCCUGCCUCCACUGUCUGGAAAAAUCUAA